AUGCUUUCCUUUCAUUUCUGGGAGUCCCGGGGUCAACCUACAGAUGCUGCUUCUUCCGUGGCCGAUGGCAUUCAGACUCCUCGCUGUGGCCGACGGUGCCAGGCAAGCAACUGGACAGGACAGCUCAGCUACAGAACACUGGCCACGGUCUCGGCCAGAGCAGCAGCCCCCCAGCCACGGACCACCUCCACCACCCCAUCCAGGAGCCUUCCCGCCUCCUUCAGCCUUGCUGCGGCCCCGUCACAGGGGCUGAAGAACUGGGAGGUGGUGGCAGCAGUGGCAGCAGUGCCUACAGCCUUGGGGCCAGUCCAGACACGUGGGACCCUGCUUCGGGCAACUCUGCAGCCCCUCCGGAGCCAGAGAGGAACCCAAGACUUCCCCAGCGCUCACCAUUGUCUCUUCCUGUGGCUGAAUCGUGGGCAAGGGCUCAUAAUGGAAACUGCCCCUCCUGAGCCGAAUUCCAAAGCAAGACAGGCAGAGGUGGGGGUCGGGGUGAGCAGUGCUCAAGACAGCCAGGAGCUCAAGCAGCAGCUGUGGCCACUUCCCAAGCCUUCAGCGUCCUCCCAGCGAGAAGCGAAAUAUGUGGAGAUGUGCGCUUCAGCUGAAGUCCAGAGGGAGAGUCCCCGGACUAUGAAACUUACCCUGGGGCACUGCCCUGGGGGUCAGAGGGCCUCUAGGAUCCCAAAGGAGAAAGCCCAAGAUGAACCCAGCAGUCAAAAGUGCAAGGCUCCAAGCCCCCAGAAAAAUCCUGCCUUCUCUGAACUCUCCAGAUCCCAGCAUUCUGCCUCUGAAGAGGGUGGCAACUUCUCAUCUUCCUCAUCUUCCUCUCCGGUGAACAAAGCAAAAGAGGAUGGCCUUUCCAAAAUGGAGGACUCCACCACAUCCGCGGGGGCUCUGGCCACCUCCUCUUCAUCCUUAGGCUUUGAGAGUGAGAGUGGUGAGAGCAAAGUUUGCCAGCCCUUGGGAGGAGAAGGAGGGAAAAAAUCAGGAGGAGGGGAAGGAGGAGGAAAAGGAGAAGGAAGAGGAGGGGGAGGAGGGGCAGGAGAUGGAACAGAGUGCAGGGACAUUAUUGCCAAGUCUCAGGGCAGCAGGGACCCCCCUAAAGUCGAAGACGCUCACUACAUCACCACCCAUGAGAUCCAGCUGAGUGAGGUGGAACAGGACAUGGAUUUCGACGUGGGGCUGGCCUCCCGCUGGGAUUUCGAGGACAACAACGUGAUCUACUCGUUUGUGGACUAUGCUUCCUUUGGUGGCAGCGACGAGACCCCGGGGGACAUCACCAGUCCGACCGAAGAGGACGACGACAACAGCUGCUACCUCAGCACCACUCCCAGCACCAACACCACGCGGACGCCCAGCCCCACCAGCAGCGACCUGGCCCGCCCCGACGCAGGCCGCAGUGGUCGCAACACCAGCAGCACGGAAGUGGGCAGCGGCCCCUCGGACAGUGGCCCCACUCCCCCACCCACUGGGCCUGGCACUGCCACCCAGAGUGAGUCUGUGCCCGAGACCCCGGAGGUAGCUUCAGGGGCAGCAGCCGCCGCCGCCAGCAGCUGUGGGAGUGCAGCAAGCCAGAUCCUCCUAUCAAUCAAACCGGCUUCCCGGGCUAUAAAUGAGCCUAGCAACGUGCAUGCAAAGCAAAACAUUAUUUAUGCUGCCAAGCAUGAAGGCGACAUGAGCCUCCGCGUCUCCACAGCUGCUGAACACAAUUCAAGUUUGCUGAAGCAAAACUCGGCUGCAGCCGUGGCUCAGGACCAUGCAAAGAAAUUCAUUGCUGUCCCUGCUCGCCUGCAAACCAGGUGCGGGGCCAUCCGGGCAAAGGAGCUGGUGGACUACUCCAGCGGAGCCUCCAGUGCCGUGAGCGAACUGGACGAUGCGGACAAAGAGGUGCGUAACCUGACCUCCCGGGCCUUCCGGAGCCUGGCUUACCCCUACUUUGAGGCUCUGAACAUCAGUUCGCGGGAGUCCUCCACCACGCUCUCCGAGGUGGGCUUUGGGCGCUGGUCGACCUUCCUGGACUUAAAAUGUGGGGGUGUUGGGGCCAGGGUGGAGCAGAGCCUCCUCAGGAGCAGCGCGGCCUCUGUGGCUGCAGGGCUGAGGAAGGGCAGUGGGGCCCGGGCCACUGCCGACCAGCUCUACAUCCAGUCCAAGAAGUCUCAGACCAAGGCCUUGGAGUUCGUGGUCAGCAAAGUCGAGGGGGAAAUCAAACACGUGGAGACGCCCCUGUGUUUCCAGAAGCAGGUCCAGACGGGCUCCCGCGUCGUCACCCUUUUGGAGCCCCUGAAUUUACGCAGUGACAGCAAAGCCAGCUCGGUCCCUGGGCCCGGCAGGGCCACCAAAGGCCCCGGCAAGGGUCCCGGCUCGGCGUCCACUGACGACGGCUCCGAGACCUCCGAGGGCAGCAAGCCCGCCUCCCGCGCCGACGGCCCCCAGAAGUCCAAGUUCGCCUCCAGUCUGCUCAAAAACGUCAUUUCCAAGAAGAUGCAGCGAGAACACGAGUUCAAAAUGGAGCGGGGAGAAGUCACGGAUACAUCCCACCACCUCGCAGGCACCUCCAAGGAGCCGGAGGGCGGCCCCGGGAGUGAGAGGCAGCGAGAGAGGGGCCUGCAGAGGCAGAGCUCUCGCCACUCCGAGGCCGGCUCCGAGUACACGGUGGUCAGCGUGUCCGAUGCGGGCGGGGAGGGAUCCGUGGCCGGCACCAAAUCCCCCAUCUUCAAAGCCAGUACCCCUCGCGAGCGCAGCGCGGGACCCGGCCGGAAUGUCACCGAUGGACACACAGAAGUGUGCGAAAUUAAAAAGAGUGCCUCAGAGACUGUCAAGGGCAUCUUCCUCCGCAGUCAGAACAGUGCGUUCCGGUCGUGGAAGGAGAAAGAGGCCGAGAAGCGGGAGGAGCAAGCCCCCAUCCGGAAGCUGAAGCUGCCCAAAGGAGGCGACUGGAGGGCUGAUCUCGGGGAGAUCUCCGCCAGCAAGAACACCAUCAUGUCUCGCCUCUUCGUCCCCAACAUCCAGCAGACACCCAAGGACAAGCAGCCGGGGAAGCAGGCCACCAAGUAUCCUGCUGCCCAGGCCACCUCCACCGCAGUGAUCAGACCCAAGGCUCCUGAAAUCAAGAUCCGGCUGGGGAGUGUGCAGCAGCCGAGCUCAGACUUCAACAUUGCCAAGUUGCUCACGCCCAAGCUGGCCGGUGGCAGCGCCUCUAACCUGUUCAAGACCAUCGAGGACAACAGCAGGGCACAGCAGAAACUCUUCCGCGGAGACAACCUAGAAAAAGUGCCCCAUUUCCAGGUGAGAGACAUCAGAGACAAGUCCAAGGCUCAAGGCCCCCUCCACCAGGUGAGAGAUGUCAGGAAACUAAUCAAAGGUUCAGGGGAUAGCAGUGACAAGGGCAGUGUUACCCCAGAGCAGGGCCUGACUGGACCCAACCCCAGGCAGCUGUCUGCAGCAGCUGGCGGAUCCGGAUCCCUGUCCCCCAUGGUGAUUACAUGCCAGGCUUUAGUGAACCAGAGGGAAGACAGCUUGGACCGAGAGCCCAGGGAGAGCAUGGGCAAAAUGGGCGGAAGCAGAGUCUUGAAUUCCUCCUCCCCAGAAGGGACAGUCUUGGUUCACAGGGCAUCUGGCAGGCUACCUGUGGCUACCAUUGCCCCCAAUAAGCCUGAGCAGGGUUCAUACCUGCCUGUGCUCAAGAUUGUCUCCAAAGCUUCCACCCAGAAGACCCCAGAGAAGCUCAAGGAGGAGGAGGUCAAGGAGGAAGGGAAAGCCACAAAGCCAGCCCGGAAUGCCCUGGAGAAGCUGACUGCAGCGGUGAGGUCCAUGGAAGAGCUGUACAGCUUCAACAGGAACGAGUGGAAGCGCAAAAGCGACCCCUUGCCUAUGAUGACGGACAGCCACGUGCUGUCGCUCAUUGCCAGUGAGGAGAGGGAAGGGGUAGUGGGUGCUGAGGGAGACCAGGACAGGCUGUCCAAACGGCUGGGUGAGGUAGGAGGGCGGGGCACAGGAAACAAAGCUGGUGUGGUCCUGCGAGGGGCCCCCAUACAGCGUCUGCAGCGGAGAAACUCCAAUCCCAGCGCUGAGAGUGUGUCUGCGCGGGCAGCGGCCUUUGAGAACCUGGCCAGGGAAAGACCCCGAUCUCUCUACAUUCCCCCAGUCCACAAGGAUGUGGAGAGAACCCAAACCCUGCAGCCCCUCCCUCCACUCCCCAGCAACCGGAAUGUGUUCACAGUGAGUGCCAGCAGCAUUCAGAAAACUGGGGGUGUCGCUGGGAAGUUCCCACAGGGACCUUCUCCAGAGAGUCCUUCAGCAGCUAAGGGCAUCAAAUCUCAGGGACUCCGGUCCCUCAAGAUCUCUCCCGCCACCCGGGCACCUCCUGAUGAGGUGACCAACAGGAAAAGUGGCAGCAAUUUGGAGAAGAGCAACAGUGACUGUGAGAAUUACCUGACCAUCCCUCUCAAAGGAAGCUCUGCUGCAGGGGAACUUCCUGGCAGGCCUGGGGCUUCCCGGGAGGGACCCCUCAACUCCUCAGCUGCCACUCUCUGCAGUUUGCCCCCACUGAGUGCCCGCAGUCAGGUCCCCAGUAGCUCCAAAGGCUCUCAGGUUAGUGGAACCAGCCGACCAGCUUGGCGUACUAAACCUGACAACCCCCGGGAGACAGUAGCUGCCCCCCCAGGGCCACAGAGCCCUGAGCAUCCCCCCACCGCCAUCUACCACCAACCGCCACUGCCCUUUGCCCUACAGGGGGCCCAGCCCCAGGUCCUCUGCUUCUCCCCACCCAGCAUGCCUGCCCCAGCACCUGCAGGCCCAGCUCCGGUCCCCACAGACCCCUUCCAGCAGCCACAGCCUCAGCAGACCCAGCGUAAGAUGCUCCUGGAUGUGACAACCGGCCAGUAUUAUCUGGUGGAUACACCAGUACAGCCUAUGACCCGGAGACUGUUUGACCCUGAGACAGGGCAGUAUGUGGAUGUGCCCAUGACCUCCCAGCAGCAGGCUGUGGCUCCCAUGUCCAUCCCUGUGUCUCCCUUGGCCCUGAGUCCUGGGGCUUAUGGACCCACCUACAUGAUUUACCCUGGGUUUUUGCCCACCGUGCUGCCCCCAAAUGCCCUGCAGCCCACACCAAUUGCUCACACUCCAGGAGGCAGUGAGCUCUCCCCAAUGGCAACAGAGUCUCCCAGCAAAGAGGCAGCUGCAACGUUCACUGAGGCUCCAUACUUCCUGGCUUCUGGUCAGUCUCCAGCCUCCUCAUCCUCCUCAGCCCCAGCAGCCACAUCCCAGCUUGUAGGGGCCAAGGGCUUCACCCAGCUGCAUGGCAAGCCUGUCAUCAGCAUUACUUCACAGCCCCUGGGGCCACGGAUCAUUGCUCCCCCUUCCUUUGAUGGCACCACCAUGAGCUUUGUGGUAGAACACAGAUGAUGAGCAGCCACCAGGAAGCGGAAUGAAACAACUGCUGGAGCAAGACAAAAAGAUGGACUAUUCUUCUUCAAUCUGGAAUUUGCAUUGUAAUAGCACUAAGAAUUAAUUCAUCUGAAAAACUUCUUCCACAUGUGUUAUUCUUGAUUUUUGCUUCUUAUAAGCCAAGUGUGUAAGUUUCUAUGUCUUCCUGAACAACUCUCUUAAGGCAGUUUUUAUUUUAAUUUUGUUAAGUUGAUUGAAUGAUUGCAUUUUUUCCCUUUACUACUAUUUCUUUUUAUACUUCAACACGGGAUAUAAGCUUUCUAUUCACUUCCUUCCUCACUGCACUUGUGACUAGGCAAACAAUUCCUUUGUUCCCAUUGAUCAGUCAAAACAUGCAACAGAACGGGAUUGGCUCUGUUGUAAACAAAGCCAGCAAAUCAGCAAUUUGGAUUACGAAUCUCUUUACAGAUUCUUGGAAUACCAAGACUAGCUGGCUGAGUUGUAGUACUUAUUUAAGUUUUCAAUAUGGUGGUCUGCUCUUUGAAUCAUAUACCAGCCAAGCCUAUUCAUUCUCUUGGUUAUGCUCUAUGUGUUCUUUUAUUGGGUUUGGCAUGAUUUCAAAUGUGAUUGUGAAAAAUGGUGGUUUUAAUGUUUGUGCUUUACUUUUCCCAUUUGUACAACGUCAUGAUACUAUUUGUUGCCUUAAAAUAGAAUGGCUUGAAAUACUGGAGAGCCAAUGAUUGCAUUUAAAAUUAAGUACCUAGUUUCAGAAAGAUAUACAAUAUCUAUUUUCCCUUAAGAAUCAAAUUAUUUAUGUGGAUGUAUAGCGUUUUUCUUUUCUUCAGUAAUUCCCUCCAUACACCUGUCUCCCAUGGAUUGUUCGGAGUCUGAAGAGUGAUCCUUUUGGGGUAGUAGAGAAGAAUAUGGCACUAAUUAAGUGGCUCCGAUUCACUCCAACCCUAGCCUCACUGUCCCAUGACAGUAACCUAGAGUUACAGCACUUGCUCCCCAUGAGGCAGAUUAGAAGAUAUGUCAAGAAUCCAAAUCACGGAAUCUUUUAUCAACGUUUAGUACUGUCUCAGUUGUAAUCCAAUUCUGAAGGCUGUUUGAAUGAGUGUUCACAGUGAGUCUUGAAGACUUGAUUGAACAGAUAUUUAGCUUUUCAUAAUAAGUGUGUUGAUAUAUACUUGGUAAAUGUUACAUUAAAACAUUUCUUAGUUACUUUUUAAAGUAAUAAUUUGAAUGUUUUCCCAGGUUUUUUUUUUUUUAAAGAAUAUUCUUUUAUUUACCAAUUUGUUUAAAGAUAAAGUAUUCUGGUAAUUUCUUAAAUGCCCUAUUGUUACUUUAAUCAUCAGCAAUAUUUGGUUUCUGCUUAAAAUUUCUUUA